AUGACAACGCCUAUUGAAAGUGUCCUGAAGUUUGGCCAAGACUCAAUUGAACUCAAAUGGGGCGACGGUGAAGCAGCGAAAUUUCAUAAUAUAUGGCUUCGUGAUAACUGUAGAUGCCAUGAGUGCUACUACGAUGUGACCAAGCAAAGACUUUUAAAUUCUAGUCUAAUAGACGAAGAUAUUUUUCCAACGGAGUUGAAUACAGAUGGGCUGACUGUGUCGGUGGUAUGGAGUCAAGGAAACCACAAGAGUAGCUAUGGUAGCGACUGGUUGCGAUUGCAUGCCUACAAUCCUAGAAUUGUUCCAUUGGACUGUAAAGUUAAGGGAGAAAAGGAAAUACUCCAGCGAACCUUUUGGACCGUUGCUUCAAUUGAGAAAGAUCUUCCCACUGUCGAUUACAAUGAGAUUAUGGCCUCAACUAAAGAGAAUCCGGCUGCUGUUGCAGAUUGGUGCUUGAAAACGUGGAAGUACGGGUUUACCUUGAUUGACAAUGUUCCAGUGAGCCCAGAAGCCACGGAAAAGCUCUGUGAAAAGAUCACGUACAUUAGGCCAACACAUUACGGAGGGUUUUGGGACUUUACCAGUGACUUGUCCAAAAACGACACUGCUUAUACCAACUUUGAUAUUUCCUCGCACACCGAUGGUACGUACUGGUCCGACACUCCGGGGUUGCAAUUGUUUCACUUAUUAUUUCAUGAUGGGACCGGUGGAACCUCAUCCUUGGUAGAUGCAUUCCAUUGUGCACAGAUCCUCAAAGCGCAGGAUCCAGAUGCUUUUGAUUUUUUAACCAGAAUACCAAUUCCAGCACACUCGGCUGGAGAAGAGAAUGUUUGCAUCCAACCUGACAUUCCUCAGCCUAUUUUCAAAUUGGAUAAUGAAGGUGAACUUAUACAGGUACGCUGGAACCAAUCUGAUAGGUCCACGAUGGACAAUUGGAAGAAUCCUGAUGAUGUCAUGAAAUUCUAUAAGGCUAUCAAAAAAUGGUAUAAAAUCAUCAGCGAUAAAAAGAAUGAGCUAUUUUACCAGUUGAAGCCAGGACAAUGCUUGCUUUUCGAUAAUUGGAGAUGUUUUCAUUCAAGAACAGAGUUCACCGGUAAAAGAAGAUUAUGUGGAGCCUACUUGAACAGAGAUGACUUCAUUUCAACGCUUAAAUUGUUGAAUGUAGGAAGAGAAGCAGUCUUAAGUUCAUUAUAG